GAUCUAGACUCUUCCCUCCCUAUUUUCCCCUAAGUUUGUUCCCAAAAUUCCUUACAGUUAGUCCACCCUCCCUAUGAUUUUCCUGUUUUAUUAAAAUUAUAUUCGAUUCUCCUGGACCCCCUUUCUCACUCCUCGCUACUCCUCCAUACACACGCUCACAUUCAAGAAUUGAACUUCAAUUUACUGAAACUUUGCACUAAUCUACAAUUUGGUUUAGGUAUGAUUUCAAUUUUUUCUGCAAUUUUCGCAAAAUUGGGUUCAAUUGAGAAACUCGUUAAACGUUAUCAAUUAUUGGGCCCGACGACCGAGACUCAUCUCCCUCCUUCUUGUCUUCUUAAUAUUGUGUUUUGUAUCUUUUAUGUUAAAUAUUGACUUAUACUCGUUUUUUUUAUUUAUUUAGGAACAUUAAUUUUGUAUUUUGUACCAUUGAUUGUGGUUUGUUUUGGUAGAAAAUUGCAUAACCAUAAAAUUGGAAAAAUUUAAUCUUCUGGAUCAUUAUGUUACACCUUUCAAUAUGCUUGAUGAAAUUCCUCAAUGUAUGUUGGUUUGUUUUGAGGGAGGAAAGGUUUUUUUUAUGAUUUAUUUAGGUUGCUAGUGUAAAAUUAAUGCUAUUCUUACCAAAUAAGAAAUUCUUAAACUUUUUCCUGAUGAAAUUAUGUUAUAUGGGUUCUAUAGCAGACUACAGUAACCUCUUUUGGGUCUUUUUCAUAAGAGUGGUUAAGGCUGUUAGAAAGUUUAAGACUUGGGUAUUGGUUUAAACUUACAUGUAAUUAUGUUGUUACUUUCUUGCUAGUCGGUAAUAAAGGGUGGUAAUGAAAGUGAAUUCGUAUGUAAUUUCGUAUAGAUAGUCCUUUGCGAAUGCUUAUUGUAAUGUGACAUCAUUGCCAAGCAUGUGUUCACCUUCAUGGUUUUGUGUUAUCACUGCUAUAUUGGUAAUGAUUGAUAAUGCAAACCUGUGAAAAAAAGAUGUAUUUGGAGAUGGACAAGCAUAAUCAUGGACACUGAUAUGAAUAUAUGUUUAGCUUCUAAGAUGUUUAGCUAAACUGUUCCGGCUGUAAUCCCAUAUGAUUUUGUUUUCUGUGGUUAAAGACUCAUGUGUCUAGGUGAUGGGAUCUUUGAUUGUGGUGUAACCCUUUUUUUAGCUCUACAAAACUAUCUGAAUUUCAGCCUCUUAAAUAUAUCAAACUCAUCAUAUUAAUUUAAGUUUCUUCAAUAUUACCCCUAUGGCCCGUUUGGUAGUCGUUAAUAAAUUGCGGUAAUGGGAAUGAAUUUUAAGUGUAAUUUUAUUAGGGAAGCACCCUUAAAAUCUUCAUAGUGAGACAUUUUUUCUCCAUGGGCAAGCAAUAUAACCCCUAAACUUGUGUUUUUGUCUCCAAGGGGAAGCAAUUUUCAUUACCACCUACAAGGUGGUAUUGGAUGGGAAUGAAAAUUCAAGAGUGGACACUUUAGGAUAAUUAGCAUUACCAUGGGAAUGGACAAUGAUAUUCUUCACAAAUUUACACACAAAUUCAUUUUCAUUACCACCAUUUAUAACCAACUACCAAACGGGCUGUUAGAGCCCGUUUUGUAGGUGGCACUAAAUGGGGGUGAUAGCAAUGACAUCAUAUAUUCAUAUGUAAUCUGUAAGGAAUAUCACCUAUUCAUCACCAUGAUAAUGAAAUUUCAUCCCUAAACAUGUGAUUUUGAUCAAAAAUUUCCAUUCCCAUGCAAUAUCACCUCUUAAUUGGUAGUGGAUGAUAUUGAAAAUUUAUAAAGAGAAACACAAGUUUGAGGAUGGGUUCCCAUACCAUGGACAUUGGCAUGCGAUUUUUUUUAACUAAUUGUACAAAAAUUUAUUAUCAUUACUGCCAUUUAUUAUCGUCUACCAAACAGGCCGUUAGUCUCUCUUUUAUCCUUAUGACUACAAUUGAGAACUUUCUUACAAGAGUUCAGCUUCUCGACAUAGUGAAUAGUAUGAUUUAGCAUGUAAGUGUUGCAGAAUGCGUAAUCUGAAAUCCUGCUUGUGAAGUAGUAGGUUCUUUUCGAAACUAAGGGUAAAGCCAUACUACAUUAUUAAACUAUUAAUUCCAAUAAGUACGUCCUUAGAAUGGACGUUAUUGAUAUAUUUUGUCAUCAUGAACUGAAGUGUCUACUUUUGUGAACCUGCUAAGUACUAAUAUUGUAGGGUGGAGGGUAUUUUAGAAAUUAUCACUUUAGUUUACUUGGGGAAUAAGGAUUGUUUAUUAGGAAAGUAGUAUAAAUGUAGAUUUACAUAGAAUGUGAAAAGCAUGUUGAAAAUAGAUGAAAAUUUGGGUGAGCUUCUAAGAGUUCAAUUGGGAGAGACUCAAGCCUCUCGGAAGCUUGAAUAUCUUUACAUUUUGCUAUAUUUUCUGUUAUUAAUCAAUCAAAGUUCAUCUUCUUCCCUUAUUUUCUCCAUUUUAGCACUCAAAUAUGUCCAAGCUAAGUUGAUUCUUAGCAGAACCUGUCACUUAACUCUUUGGCAUCACCUGUUAUAAUUCCAUCGGUUCUGUACUUUGGAUUAGUUUAGCCAUGCCAGGAUUAAUUUCCAGCAGGGAUUUUCCCACCUCGUGCUGGUACUUACCAAUUGGCUAAGUGGUAGAAAUUUCCAAAAAACAGAAAGGGGUAUACUGUCAGUUGGACAUUUGCAGUUAGAUGGCACAAAACAACGGAAGGCAGAAUAAAGAAAGUGAAGGUGGGGUGAAAGAUUCAAAUCGGGCUAAUUGGUCCAAAGAAAUUCUACACCUAUUUUGUGAUUUGUGUAUAGAAUAUGCUGAAAAAAACAAGGGAAAACGUGGUGCAUUGGUCGCACAAAGAAUGCCAUGGAAGAUACUUGAAGUGGAGUUCCAUAAAAGGACAAACUUAGCGUAUGACAGAAACAAGCUUAAAAAUAAGUGGGAUUGGAUGAGAAAUAAAUGGAUCCUUUGGAGAACGUUGAAAGGAAAUGAAACAGACUUAGGUUGGGAUCAUGAGAAAGGAACAAUAAGCGCUAGUCAAGAGUGGUGGAAGAAAAAGAUUGAGGAAAAUAUGCAUUUUAAAGCAUUUCAAGAUGAAGGGGUUGAACCCGAACUUGACAUCAAGAUGGAACAACUUUUUGGAGGUUCACUUGCUCAAAGGGUGCACAAGUUCACUCCGGUCACAGAUUGUGCGCAACUUGCUCACUGUGGAAAGGAAACAAUUUUUACCUCUUCCCCACCUCGUAAUGUAACUGUUGACAAUGAACCACACGAUUUUGAUGAAGAAAUUAGCGAGAAUAAUGUUCAAGCCCCCAGCGAGGCUAAUAUGAAAUGGCAAGAAGUUUCGAAUGAUUGCAGCCCAAUUCUUUGCCCCACUCCUUUAAGAUGUGCUGAACAUGGUAUCAGAGGAAGGGAAAGCAAAAGAGUUUCAGAGAAUGAUGCUUCACAGAAUACUAAGAGAUGUAAGACUGAAUUUGCCAUAAUGGAGAAACUUGAUGCUAUUAUGAGAGUUGUCAUUGAGAGGAACAAUAAAGAGAUGGAGUCCAUGAAUCUUGGAGCAAGUACACUUGCUGUUUCUUCUCCUACACUUGUUGAAUCUUUAGCAAAGGUAGUGGCCAUGCCCGACUUAAUCCAUGGUAGUCCUGAAUUCUGUUUUGCAUGCACCUUGAUUGAGGAUCCCCAAAAGAGGACAAUACUUCAUGGCAUACCAGAUGAUUACUCGAGACUUCAAUGGAUAAAGUUCUUGUAUGCGAAGCAUGGGAAUAAAUGAAAAUCUGAAUAUAGCUUGACUUGAGGAAGUAUGAAAUCAGAGUAUUGUCUGAUUGCAAUCAGUGCAUCUAAAGUUGUAUUACUAUCAGAUUGUAAAUCUGAUUUAGGCAUUUAGCAGACAGCUUUCUGUAGUGUGGUAUUAUAAUAUUAUUUAGGUCUUUGCAAUAUGAUGAAAUUGCAUUGUAUAGA